CACAGCUGACAGGACCCAAAAAGCCAACUGAAGGCAAGCGCUGUGAAUUGAAUGACAGGAUCCUUUGUCUUUUGAUUUGACAUCGAUCAAAUGACACUUGCAUGUUCACCUGCUUCUGCCAUCUCAACUGCACCGCGCCUUUGCAUCAAUAAAGGAUUUUGAGAGACUGCUUGAUCGCAUUGGAUGAUCAUCUCCAGAACGCUUUCCACCAUUAGCGAGCGGGUUCACGCAUCUCCCUCUUCGUUUUCAGCUCUCUUCGCGCGCCAGACGGGGGUGCACCAGAUUCCUACCUAUUCAGGCCGAGAAAAAAAACAACAUCCGAGUUCACCUGCCACCGCUAGCCACCGCCAAUCCCAAUCGAUCCCAGUUCGCUCCAACCCCCUCUCCAGGGCGCCCUUCCCCCGGUUUUUCCACUGUCUAUCGCGCAGGGGCAAUUGCAACAAUUCCUUCGCAUCGAUUCAUCAACAACUGAGGACUGAGGCAGUAAAAUCACAAUGGCUUCCAAUCUCGAUUCAUCGUCCUAUCUCAGUCCGAGCAUGAUCGGAUCCGGAAUCAUGUCGUCCUCGCUCUCGUCGCUCUCGUCGUCCGUCUCCUCGGCGCGCCAUCCGUCCUCGUCCAACAUUUCCAAGGCUUACAGACAGGCCUCAACACUAUUUCUCACCCGUCGACUACCCGAAGCCCUGUCCACUGUUCUACCUUUAAUCACACCGUCUCCCUCCGAAUCCGCUACUCCUGGGGAUGUUGCUUCCGGCGCCGCCGCAUUCGACCCGGCACCUGUCGCCAAGGCGUCGCGAUCCACCAGGAUAAAGGUGUGGAGUCUGUACCUGACCAUCCUCAAUGCGAUUCUGGAGUUGAACUCGGACGAGGGCAAGGACGCCUUUGGCACACAGGAGUGGAGGGCUCUCUGCCACAAGGUGCGCGAGGGCGAGGUUUGGGAGGAAGUAGUACGCAGUGGAUACCAUGGAUCCGAGGGAGAUGUCGAUGCGGAUGUGGUUAUCAACUUAGCCACCCUCCUCCUCGGCCACGCCAAAACCCAGACCCUCAACCAAAAACGUCUAGAAAACUAUCUAGCCGCUGCCCGCACCCCCAAUCUCGAUCUGACGGACCGUCUCUCGGGUCCCUCUGGCCCGGGUGGUUCCUCCGCCUCUCCAGCCCGUCGCCUGCGCUCAUCCUCCAAAUCUGGAGUGGCGGCCGGACAUGGCGCCGACACCCCGCGAGACCUCAACGCGCGCGUCAAGAUUCUUGAGCUGUACACUUUGCAUGUGCUCCCACGCAACGACGAGUGGGCGUGCGCGCGAGAGUUCAUCAACAUGAGCGCGGUCCUGGACGACGAGCGGAAAGAAGCUUUCAUCCAGGCGCUGGACUCGCUGAAGGAGGAGCAGGAAGAAGCGGAGCGGAAAGCGCGCGAAAAGGAGGAUGCGAUUCGCAAGGACAUUGAGAAUGCGCGCAAGCUGAGGGCGGAGAACGAGGAGCGUGAAAGGAAGAGGUUGGAGGAGGAAAGGCAGAAGAGAGAGGCGGCGGGGGUGAACGCAAGUACGGCUGCUAGUGCAGGGAGCGGACCGACGACGGAUGGGGAAUCGGGUGUUGAGGCUAAGGGGACGGGAACGGGGACGACGAAGAAACCGAAUCUGAAGAAGAAGGCUUCCGCGUUGAAGAACGGGGGGGGCUCGUCGUCGUCGGCGUCUUCGAAACCGGCUAGGCCGUCAAGGAAAGGAGCGUCGUCACCGACCGCGACCAAGACGACGGGUUCUUCUUCGAGUGCGGUGGCCGGCCCUGGAUCGGGCACGAAGGCGGCUUUGAUACUGAACAAUAUCCGGUCCGUGUUGGAUCAGGUUAUGACGGCAUUCCAUGGGAACCCGUUCCUGCUGUACCGGACGCUGGCGUUCAUCAUCGGGUUCCUGCUGAUGUUCAGUAAAAAGAGCGUGAGGGAGAGAAUCACAAGAGUGGUGCAGCAAGGGUGGGGGAAAGUGAAGGCUACGGCUGGAAUGGGGAUGAAAGUUAGUUACAUUUGAUCCGAGCCCCUUUUUGCUGCUUGGGUAUCAGUAUUCUUUUGGACAUUGGGAGUAAGGGAGGGAAUAUUCCUGCUCUGAUGAUAAUUAGCAUUGCGGCUGUUGUCGCAGCAGGUUUUGGCAUGCGACAGUUUUGUUUCGAGUCUAUCGUUAAUGGGUCCUGCAUCACGGAAAAUAGCUUGUUUCGUUUUCAGUUCAUAAUCAGAAGAGAUGACACAAA